AUGGCGCUCUUGUCUCAGGCAGCAGGAUCAUACACUGUCCCUUCUGGACCUGUGUGCUCAAAGAAUGGAACUAAAGCAGUUUCUGGUGGUGUGAGAAAUCUGGAUGUGUUGAGGAUGAAAGAAGCUUAUGUUAGCUCCUACUCUAGGAGUCUAUCUACCAAAUCAAUGCCCCUACAUUCGAAUCAUUCUGUUAAGAGGAGCAAGAGAGGGCAUCAGCUGAUUGUUGCGGCGAGCCCUCCCACAGAAGAGGCUGUAGUUGCAACUGAGCCGCUGACGAGAGAGGAUCUCAUUGCCUAUCUUGCCUCUGGAUGCAAAUCAAAGGAUAAAUGGAGAAUCGGUACAGAACAUGAGAAAUUUGGUUUUGAGGUCAAUACUUUGCGGCCUAUGAAGUAUGAUCAAAUAGCGGAGCUGCUUAAUAGUAUCGCUGAAAGGUUUGAAUGGGAGAAAGUAAUGGAAGGUGACAAGAUCAUUGGCCUGAAGCAGGGAAAGCAAAGCAUUUCACUGGAACCUGGUGGUCAAUUUGAGCUAAGUGGUGCACCUCUUGAGACUUUGCAUCAAACAUGUGCUGAAGUCAAUUCACACCUUUAUCAGGUAAAAGCUGUCGCUGAGGAAAUGGGAAUUGGUUUCUUAGGAAUCGGGUUUCAGCCCAAAUGGCGUCGGGAGGAUAUACCCAUCAUGCCAAAGGUUAAUCUGGAUUUUAGCUCAGAAGCUGAUAUGAUCAGGAAGUUUCGUGCUGGUCUUGCUUUGCAACCUAUAGCAACGGCUCUAUUUGCGAAUUCUCCUUUUACCGAAGGAAAGCCAAACGGGUUCCUCAGCAUGAGAAGCCAUAUAUGGACGGACACUGACAAGGACCGCACAGGAAUGUUACCGUUCGUUUUCGAUGACUCUUUUGGGUUUGAGCAGUAUGUUGACUACGCACUCGAUGUCCCUAUGUACUUUGCCUAUCGAAACAACAAAUACGUCGACUGUACUGGAAUGACGUUUCGGGUUCGGUUGAAGAGAUACUUGGAGAUGAGAGGUGCUGAUGGAGGUCCCUGGAGGAGGUUGUGCGCCCUACCAGCCUUCUGGGUGGGUUUGUUAUAUGAUGAAGAUACACUCCAAGGCAUCCUGGAUCUGACAGCUGACUGGACUCCAGCAGAAAGAGAGAUGCUAAGGAACAAAGUUCCUGUAACUGGCUUAAAGACACCGUUUAGAGAUGGUUUGUUAAAGCAUGUCGCUGAAGAUGUCCUGAAACUCGCAAAGGAUGGUUUGGAGCGUAGAGGCUACAAGGAAGCCGGUUUCUUGAACGCAGUCGCUGAAGUGGUCCGAACAGGGGUGACGCCGGCGGAGAACCUUUUAGAAAUGUACAAUGGAGAGUGGGGACAAAGCGUGGAUCCUGUGUUCCAGGAACUGCUCUACUGA